AUUUUAUUUCAUUCGCUCACCAUCUUUCAAAAAUAUUCCGUACCGUGGUGAUAACGAUACGAUUGUUAUUUUAAUUAAAAAUCCCGACUCGAAAGCGAUAGUUUAACGAUUUCUAUUAACUUUAUAGUUAAAGUGCUCUUAAUUUAUAAAGCGUAUAAAUUUUCCGGUUCUUGUGAAUAAACACAUUACAUAAUGCCGCUGCUGCGAUUGACAACGGGAACUUUCGGCCAGCUACGCACUUUCGCGACGUCACCAGCCCUAGGGAAGAGAGUGAAGACCUUCGCAGUGUACCGCUGGAAUCCAGACGAGCCCGACAAGAAGCCAUAUACUCAAAAUUAUGAAGUGGAUCUCGACGACUGCGCACCUAUGGUGUUGGACGCUUUGCUGAAAAUCAAAAAUGAAAUGGACCCAACCCUGACGUUCAGGCGUUCAUGUCGCGAGGGUGUAUGCGGCUCCUGUGCCAUGAACAUCGAUGGCGUCAACACACUGGCUUGCAUCAGUCACAUCGACGUAAACCUGAACAAGCCCACUAAAAUCUAUCCAUUGCCUCACAUGUACGUUGUAAAGGAUCUCGUGCCAGAUCUGACUAACUUUUACCGGCAGUACCAGUCUAUCGAGCCUUGGCUGCAGCGCGACAAAGAGGCUGCAAAAGGUAAGGAGACACAGCUGCUGCAAGACGUAAAGGACCGCGAGAAACUCGACGGUCUCUACGAAUGCGUGCUAUGCGCGUGCUGCUCGACCAGUUGUCCGUCGUACUGGUGGAACGGCGACAAGUACCUCGGGCCCGCAGUGCUCAUGCAGGCCUAUAGGUGGAUCAUUGAUUCCCGCGAUGACGCCACUCAGAAGCGUCUCUCCAAGCUUAAAGACACAUACUCUGUUUACCGUUGUCACACUAUCAUGAACUGCACACGAACAUGCCCUAAGGGCUUGAACCCUGGCCGUGCUAUUGCCCAGAUCAAGACCAUGUUAUCAGGUAUGGUCAAGAAGCAGCCACCAAUCAUGGACCCCUCAGGUCUUGAGAAGCAGGCUGCACACAACUAGACAUCACACACUAACUGAUAAAAGGCUGGAGACUUGAUAGUCAGACAGUACAAGUACUUAAUAGGUUCAAUCAAUGACAACCUCAGUUAAGCUACCUUAGAUUGUUACCACACAUAUAAAGCAGUAAGUAGGGAUAAGAUUGUUUUUGUAUCCAUAAUCUGCAAGAACUGUAAAUAAUACAAGAGUAUAUUUUAUCUGUAGAACAAUAACAUAAAGUAGUUGCAGUCACAUUAACAAGCAG